AUGAACACAACCACCGGUUCCUCGUCAAAUUCCAACAAUGAGGCUAGACAUUUAAGUUUGAGUGACACUCGUCUGAAUGACUUCUUGCCCAUGUCGUUGCAACUAGAGAAUCUCACAAAUAAUCUGUCAAAUACCGUGUCAACCACUGCCUCCAUGCUUUUCUCACCUCUAACACACAGAGCGGUCAAAGGAGACACGGUGGCCAUAUUAUCCGAGUUGGCCCCUCAGCUAAUGGACCAACGACGCAUACAGCAGUAUGUGGGUAGCAGUGCUCGUCACGCAAAGGAAGGUUCAAGUCGACUUGCCAUAACACCUGAUGAUUACCCGAUUCGAGUGAGCAAACCAAAUCCCAAAGAACUUCUCGUGAAUGCCGAAAUACCCGAGUCCAAAGCACCCCUAUCGUUACUUCAAGGCUACAGGGCUACAUUUUCGGAAGUUGAAACAUUGAAAGAGAAUGGAAAAAAAAGGGGGAAACCUAACAAGCGAAAAAUCAAAGGUCUCUUGACAGAAACGCUAUCCACAUCAGACGUCAUGUCCGAAACCGCAUCGAUAGACAAUGAACACAAGCCACUCAAUCAACUUAUCGCUGAUCGUGAUCGGGUGGUCAGGGAGAAUGAUCGCUUGCAUCUACAGGAGUCACGGACAAUUUCUGAUAUCAAAAGGAUAGAGUUAGAGAUCGCUGCGUUGACCGCGCAGAAGCUCAAUCUAGAGGAGAAUCUGGUGAAAUACAAAGAAAGAAAGGUUGAAUUGGUUGAACAAUUGGAAGACCUGAAUGAGAGAAUCACCAUUUUUGCCCAGGAAAAUGGUUGCUCGGAAAGGAGAACGCGCGGUAUCAAAGGACCAAAACAUAAACCGGGAACUUGUAUAAAGGUAUUAGAAGGACACGAGGACAUGAUCAUAUGCCUGGACCUUGACAAGCCAUAUGGUAGACUUGUCACGGCUUCAUUGGAUAACACGUUACGGCUGUGGGAUUUAAGCAGCUACCGUAGUCUGGGAAUAUUGGAGGGUCAUGAAGGGGUGGUCAAUUGUUUGCAAUUGAAGGGACGUCACCUUGUCACAGGGUCACGCGAUAGAACCAUCAGACAAUGGGAUAUAUCCAAAUUGGCAUUGCGCAAUGAGUCGGUUACUAAUCUAACGGAGUUGAACUUCAAGUCGGGAUCAGCACCCGAACAAAACGGAUUAUCGUUUGUGGGCGAAGAUUGUUGGUUGGCCACUCUAGAGGGACAUGGUGGAAGUGUGUCAGGUUCAUCCGACAAGACCAUGAAACAGUGGGACAUGGAAACAGGACAAUGCAUUUUGACCAUGGACAUUUUGUGGGCCAUGUCCAGCUCCAAAGCUGAACGUAGGCACGCGGGGUUUCUAUCAGAUGGCUACACAUUUGAUCAAGGAGACUUUAUUGGAGCCUUGCAAUUUCGAGAUAUCGGUCUGGCGAGUGGGACACAAGAUGGUGCCAUAAGGAUGUGGGAUUCCCUUUGA